AUGGACUGGACCACCCUCCUCCCAUCCUUGGCCACCAUCUGGCACUGGUCCUACUACCCCGGCCUCGCCCUCCUCGCCCUCACCACCUUCAUCACAACCCUCUUCCUCUACCUCCUGAUUCUCCAAACCAUCCGCCUCCGCCCCUCCAACAUCCCGCCGAAAAUCCCCUGGGUCGGCCUCAAGUCCCGCUGGCUCUUCCCCAAACUCCGCGCCUGCCUCUCCGAACUCUCCACCUCAAAUGGCCACUUCGAAGAAGGCUACACCCACCACACCAAACACAACAGACCCUUCGUGAUGCCCUGGAUGAACUUUAACCUCGUGCUUCUGCCGCCCUCUUGUACCGGCUGGGUAGCGCGUCAGCCGGAGAGUUCUAUCAGCGCUACGCGGGUUAUGGACGUGAUGCUGGGGCUCGAUUGGAUGGCUCAUGGGCCGAGUAAGGAGAGUGUUAGGGACUUUGGGGUUGUUAGGAGAGAUUUGACGAGGCAGGUCGUGAAUGUGAGUCAGGAACUUGAGGAAGAGGUGGGGAGGUGUUGGGAGGACGAGAUGAGGAAGCGUGGGGUCGCAGAGGAGGGAGAUCGGGAGUGGAAGGAGGUGAAGAUGCAAGUGCUGAUCAAGAAGAUUGCUUUCGAUGCUGUGAAUCGCAUUUUCGUUGGAGUUCCGCUUUGUCGGGAUGAAGGGUAUCAUAAAGCUGUUGAUCGAUGGCUUGCGGUGUUUGGGAGUACGACUCUCUUCAUGAGGUUUUUUGUUCCGGUGGCGUUGCAGCCCUGGCUCAUGCCGGUGGUGAGUGCGCCGAGUCAGAUCUUGUAUUGGAUGGCGAAGAGAUACGUCAAGCCAGGCAUCGAGAGGAGACUGGAGAUGUUGCAGGCGAAAGAAGGCAAGGAGAAGCCAAACGACAUGAUGCAGUGGAUCAUCGACGCUGCCACGCAAAAGGAAGACCCAAGAGAACUGGAACCCGCAAACAUUGCCGGCAAGAUGGUCCUCUUCAACGUCUUCGCAACAUCAACCACCUCCAUCAUGUCCGGCCUAAUCCUCUUCAACCUCCUCUCCUACAAAAACGCCCCAUCCCUCCUCGCCGAGCUCUCCUCAGAAGCCCGCCAAAUCAUGCCCACCCUCUCCUCCGACGCCACAAAAAUCCGCAACAUGGUCAAACUCGACUCCGUCAUCCGCGAGACGCUGCGCUGGGCCCCAAUGGGCGGCCAGGGCCUCAUCCGCGAAGUCGUCAAGCCGGGAGGCCUCGAGACGCCGGAUGGCACGUACCUGCCGCAAGGCACGCAAGUCGCCACAAUCAUCACCCGGAUGCAGCGCGAUGUGGAGAAGAAUGGGAAUAUUUUUGGCGAGCCGGCGGAUGAGUAUGAUCCCUUGAGGCAUUAUCGAGCGGCGAUUGCGGCGCAGGAGGGUGGGAGUUUGGAGGAGAAGCAGAGGAUUGCGGUGCAGAUUAAUGAGGAGUUCUUACCGUUUGGGCUGGGGAAGCAUGCUUGUCCUGGACGCUUCUACGCUGUGCAUUUGAUGAAGCUCAUUCUCGGAUAUUUGCUGGCUAAUUAUGAGCUUGAACCUUUCCCCGAAAGACCAAAGUUUGUGGAGUUCGGUGAAUCUGUUGUGCCGGAUGAGAAGACUGCGGUGAAAGUAAGGCAGCGGACAACUGCGCCAUGA